GAUUGGCUAACAGCUGAAAAAGUCCCGCCUUCCUUUGGUGUCUAAGCCAAUGAAGUGUCACUAAACACUGAGGAAGAAGUAACGUGGGACAUUAAACUACCUUCCAUACAAGCAGGAUGGCGAGCUCAGUCACCAAGGAUGUUAAGGAUAUCUCCUAUGAGGAUCUGAAAGCGCUUCUGGGAAAGAACGAGAAUCUCCUUCUGAUUGAUGUUCGCUCUAAAGAGGAAGUGGAUAAAGGACAUAUUCUGGGAUCCAUUCACAUCCCAGUUGAUACAGUCGAGGCUGCUCUUGCAAUGGCGCCAGAAGAGUUCAAGGCCAAGUACGGAGUAACCAAGCCACCGUUGGAUGCGCCAGAGCUGGUGUUUCACUGCCAGAUGGGCAGGCGAGGGGAAGCUGCCACUGACAAGGCCAACAAACUUGGAUACGUGAAUGCUUGUAAUUAUGCCGGAGGAUACAAGGAGUGGUCUGCGAAAGAGGGAAAGUGAUUUGUGUUGUUUAUAUGUUCUUUAUAUGUAUUUAAAAUAGCAAUUGUGAAAUUUAACAAAAUCUUUUUAUACUGUUUUGUUUUCAUACUUAACAUCGUUGCAUUUGAAAUAUAUGAAUAGAUAUAAAUAAAAAAAUUGUGUUAACUGCUCAGA